AUGGGGUGUUGGGGUAUGUUAGGAUUGACAGUUUUGUUUUUGAGUGCCUUGCCGCCAGGCCGAUUGAAGCCGAUGCCGGAGCCGAAGCAGGGCCCCAAGCCGCGAGAAGAGAGCUCGGAUUCAGAAAAGGACAAGCCUGCGGGCAAGUCCAAUUCCUCGGACAAGUCCGAGGAGAAAUCCGAGGAAAAGUCCGAGGACAAGUCCGAGGAGAAAUCCGAGGAAAAGUCCGAGGAAAAGUCCGGGAGCGGCAGCGAGGAGAAGAGCGAUGGCUCGGCAGACUAUGGGAAAUCCAAGAGCAAGUCGCACUCCCGGGGCCGGAGCCGCAGCCGACGGGCAAAGAAAGAGAAGAAAGAUAAAAAAGAGAAAGAUAAAAAGGAGAAGAGGAAGACUUCCCCUUUUGAUGCCCUGCUGAAGCAGGGCGGCCAUGAUGAGGGCACCGGCCUCACCGGCACCGGGGCCGGGGAUGAUGACGAAGAGGAGAAGAAGACAUGGGGGCCCUAUGGGGCGGUCCAUGCUUUCAAGAUCGCCGAGUUGGAGACGGUGAAGCCGGCAGGAUAUACGAAGCAAGGACAAUGGGUGGAGGAGAAGGUGCGGUGCCCAAUAUGUUGGGCAAUCAAGCCAAGAAGCACGCUGUUCAUGCACAUAACAUCGAACAGCGGCUGCAUGUCAUGGCAGCAAAAGCUGCGGGGAUUGGAACCCCCGCCAGCAAAGUUCCCUUGCCGCUUCUGCGGCAAGGCGUUCUUUAAGGCGCCAGACCGCGAGCAGCACGAGUACGGCUGCGGCGCCAAAAAGCCGGCAGAGCCCAGUGAGCCUCCGCAGGAGCCAAAGGAGCGGAAAAACAAGAAGAAAGAGAAGAAGAAGGAUCACCGGGACAAGAAUGAUGAAAAGGAAAGGGCACGGCCAUGCUCCUGGUCCGAGGUGUCGAGGCGAGGCGGGCUAUCGAGGCGAAGCGUCCGAAGCGAGGCCUCCAGGCCAAGCAAUGCCUCGGUAGCCUCGCCGCCGAGAUCGAGGGGAAGCUCGCGCGAGCGACGGAGCCGGGGCGCUGUGGUGAUAGUGCCCCGCCGUGGCCGGGAUGUCAUCGAUGUCCCGUCUGUCUCCGUGCAGAGGCAGCGGUUGGACUCCCGCAGCCGAGGCCGGGGCCGCAGCAGAUCCAAGCACUCCCGGCGCCGCCAGGAGAGUCGCCAGAGACAGAGUCGGCAGGGCCAGAGCCACCAGAGCGAGGGGGGCGAAUCCUCAGAUCAGAGGGUGGUGGCGUUCAACCGACUUCUGUCUUUGGGCGAGAGGAUCCUCUGA